GCAAGCAAGCCGCCAAAGAAAGAAGACGCAGCCCAGGCAGAGGAGAAAACAACAGCGAGGCAGGCGAAGCUCCCGAGGGAGGGAGCUGUAGGCAGGCAGCCACGCAAGCAACUACCAAGUCGAGGAUCAGAGGAGCAGGGGACAAUUCGGAUCGAUCGAUCGAUCGGGCGGCGAUGUCGGGGCGGCGACCGGCGACAUGGGAGCAGGCCGGGGACGAGUACGACUACCUGUUCAAGGUGGUGCUGAUCGGGGACUCGGGCGUGGGCAAGUCAAACCUCCUCUCCCGCUUCACCCGCAACACCUUCUCCCUCGAUUCCAAGUCCACCAUCGGCGUCGAGUUCGCCACCCGCACCAUCAAGGUGGAAGGCAAGACGAUCAAGGCGCAGAUCUGGGACACGGCCGGGCAGGAGCGGUACCGGGCGAUCACGAGCGCCUACUACCGCGGCGCCGUGGGCGCGCUCCUGGUCUACGACGUGACCAAGGCGGCGACCUUCGAGAACGUGAGGCGGUGGCUCCAGGAGCUCCGCGACCACGCCGACGCCAACACCGCCGUCAUGCUCAUCGGCAACAAGACCGACCUCGCCCACCUCCGCGCCGUCGCUCAGGAGGGCGCCGCCGCGUUCGCCGAGCGGGAGGGCCUCUCCUUCGUCGAGACCUCGGCGCUGGACGCCACCAACGUCGACACGGCGUUCGAGACGGUGCUCACGGAGAUCUACCGGACCGUCAUCAAGAAGGCGCUGGCGUCCGACGAGGCCGCGUCCAGUGCUAGCUCCGUCGGGGAGGGGCAGUCGAUUCAGGUGUCGGCCGGCGACUCCGGCGGCCUCACGACAAGAUGCUGCGCUUUCUAGCCGGCUUCUAGCCAUGCUAUGCUAGCUUGAUAGUAGUGAUCACCAACAAUUUCAUCUGUUUGUAGAAGUUGAAAAAAAAAACAUUCAUGUUCCACGAUAAAAGUGAAAAAAUAAUAAUGGAUUGAAAUCUGAAAGGGAAAAUUCUCGUUGUAUGCAUA